GUGACAUUCCAUCCUUUGACACGUACGCGAGGCGAGCACUUCCGUCAAGAAUGGUCGUUCUCGCAGCCUCGAUAUGUACAAAAGGCGGCAAAGCCGUCAUUUCUCGACAGUUUCGCGAUAUGACACGCACACGAAUCGAGUCCCUUCUAGCUUCAUUCCCUAAACUUAUUCCCACCAACACCCAACAUACCAGUGUCGAGACAACGGACGUUCGUUACGUGUAUCAACCAUUGGAGGACCUUUACAUCGUUCUCAUCACCAAUAAAGCUUCGAAUAUUUUGCUCGACAUCGAUACACUCCAUCUAUUUGCUAGGGUCGUUUCUGACCUGUGUCGGUCCGCAGAUGAGAGAGAGAUCCUAGAUAAAGCAUUCGAAAUUCUUGGUGCUUUUGACGAGGUCGUCAGUCUUGGUUAUCGAGAGCAAGUGAACCUGAUGCAGGUCAGAAGUGUGCUAGAGAUGGAGAGUCACGAAGAAAAAAUACAGGAUAUUAUUGCCAGGAACAAGGAAGCCGAAGCAAAAGAAGAACUCAAACGCCGUGCCAAACAACUGGAAAUGCAACGUCGUGAACAACAGCGGCGAGCUGCUUCUGGAGGUGGUGGCAGUGGCUAUCUCUCCGGAAACAUGUCUGGAUAUUCUCCGGUAUCACGAUUUGAUGCGCCAGACCCUACUCCUGCUCGUAUUACCACUUCAUCUCCUGCUCCAUCUACGACUCGUGCCCCUGCAUUCAAAGGCACCGGUAUGAAGUUGGGAAGUAAAAAGACGAAGCAAGCGGAACUACUGGAUGCAUUGGGAGGGGAGAUGUUACCUGUUAGCUCGCCUGGUGUCACCGAGAUGUCUGCGCCCCCGACCCCCGUUGCUGUCACCCCGCAAUCGUCCGCGCUGGCCAAAAGCGAAAGAGGCAACAUUCCCGAAGUUGAACAACAAAGCGUCCAUAUCAAUAUCAGAGAGCACAUAUCAUUGGAACUUUUGCGUGACGGUGGCAUACAAUCAAUGGAGUUGAAAGGGGACAUGAAUCUCCUAAUUACCGAUUCUGCUUGUGCAAAUGUUCGCCUAACCCUCGCACCUCCCUCUGCGGACUUCAGCGGCAACAGUCUACAAUUCAAACAGCAUCCCAAUGUUGCCAGGUUUGUCCCUGGACAAGAACGUAUUGUGGCCUUGAAAGACCCGUCUCGGUCGUUCCCUGUCGGUCAAAGUCUAGCUGUCUUGAAGUGGAGAUAUGCCGGCACUGAUGAGAGUAUUGUUCCCCUUUCAAUCAACUGUUGGCCGACUCCUUCAAAUGACGGUACUUGUGAGGUUAGCAUAGAAUACGAGCUUGAAAACGAGAAUAUCACGCUUUAUGAUGUCGUCAUCUCUAUCCCCCUCCCUGACGGCUCCUAUCCGACCGUUUCCUCGAACUCUGGUGAUUGGUCGCUCGACCCCUCAUCGCACUCCCUCUCUUGGUCCACAGCACGAAUCUCGUCGGAUGAUGAUACUCGCUCGGGCUCAAUAAUAUUCAGUGUGGGUGGUGACGACGCUGGCGCAUUCUUCCCCGUAGAAGUGACCUUCGUUGGUCAAGGUAGUUUGGCAGGAGUAAACGUUUCCAGUGUCGCUCAAAUAUCUGGAGGUGACCCCCCUCCUUUCUCAGUAGAUUCCAUCCUCAGUUCCGAUCAGUAUCUUGUUGUAUGA